UUGAAAGUUUAUUUUCAGGAACACUGUCCCGGAGCUACUGAAGCGGAUAUUGCACCAAUAACGGAUGAUUCUGACUCAAUUACAGCGGGACAUCAUUUUGUUGGAUUCACUGACGAUGGGUACAGCCAGUACUACUGCAGUUUAUGUGAGAAUGGAUUGCAGUUUGGUAUGAUAUGUGAUUUUUGUGGUGUUGUGGUUGAUACAGGGCUCUGCCUUCAUACAGUUUCGACAAAGGUUCCUUGCAAAAUCGUUCCUCGGCUGUUGGCGGACGCUCUUCUUCACCAUUGGGUACGUGGAAACCUGCCUCCAUCUAGCGACUGCGUCGUUUGCGGAGAAGUGUGCGGCAUUGGGGUCGGUUUGGUCGAUUAUCAAUGUGUUUUAUGCCGGGUCUGCGUCCACACAGACUGCAAGUUCUCAAUAGAUGAGAAGUGCGAUCUUGGAGUUAAUCGAGACUUUAUUAUUUCUCCUGAUUGGGUCGAACUUCGUAAGGUGGGAAGUCGCAGAAAAAAACAGUUAGUAAUCGAGACUUUACGUGUGCCCGAAAAUUGCUCAUUUUUGUGGACACCUUUGUUCGUAAUCGUCAAUCCAAAAAGUGGAGAUGCUUUAGGCUUUGAAGUUUUACGAACAUUUCGCCGAACGCUACAUCCAGUACAGGUAAUCAACAUUGAACAAACCAAAAUUGGAACUGCUUUGAGAUGGAUUAGUGCUAACUCGCAGAGUGACUGCUAUAUUCUCGUAGCUGGUGGUAAUGGAACAUUAGCACGGAUUUUAGAUAUUGUGAGUGGGUUUGAUCGCAGCCCGCCUGUAGCUAUUUUGCCAAUUGGGACAGGCAACGAUUUGAGCCGCGUUCUAGGAUGGGGUGCUGCUUAUUCAGGUCCUGUGGAUGUUGAUGAGAUUUGUCGUCAGCUUAGAAAAGCAUUGAAAGUAAAAUUAGAUAUAUGGAAUGUUGAUAUUAUUCAUAGAAGAAGAUUUGGUGUUCAAGCGAAAAACAAGCAUCUUAUAAUGGUCAAUUAUAUUUCGAUUGGAGUGGACGCUUGUGUUACUUUUGGGAUGCAAGCUACACGUGAGGGCAUCCCGAAGGCGUUUUCGUCGAGGUUCCUUAAUAAACUUCUUUUUCUAACUUAUGGUACAAAGGAUGUUCUGGAGCAUGCUUGUGCUGGGCUAGAAAAGAAGAUAGAAUUGACUGUUGAUGGCCGCACUGUAGAGUUGCCUGAAAUCGAAGGAUUAGUGGUACUGAAUAUCCCGUUUUGGGGGGCUGGAGUGAGGCCAUGGGGCGAAUCGUCAGAUAUGCCACAAGCUAUAGAUGAUGAAAAGCUUGAAGUUUUUGCUGUUCGCUCGUCGCUUCAUAUUGGACAGUUGCAAAUUGGUGUCUCUCAAGGCAUUCGGAUUGCUCAAGGACGCAGUUUGAAACUGCGUUUAUUUGGGGGUCCAUUGCCAAUGCAGUGUGAUGGAGAGGCUUGGAUUCAACAUGUAGGUGUUAUAGAAAUUACCCAUAAACACCAAGCUGAUGUUCUGUCCAAUGUUAACACUACUAAAGAGACAUCUUCUUUCUUUUUGUUUAAUUCUUAG